CGCCGCCGCCCCCCGCUCGCUGCUGCUGGCCAUGGACGGGAGAGAGGACGCGGAGUACGAUUUCCAGGCGGCGUUCGCCGAAGCCCGGCGGUGGCUGGAGGCAGUUACCAGGCAAAGCUUUGGAACUAAAGACUUUCGAGCAGCUCUAGAAAAUGGAGUCCUGUUGUGCGAUUUGAUUAACAAGAUCAAACCUGGCAUCAUUAAGAAGAUCAAUCGUCUGCCAACUCCAAUAGCUGGCUUGGAUAAUAUAAAUGUUUUUCUGAAAGCGUGCGGAAACAUUGGACUGAAAGAAGCUCAGCUUUUUCACCCAGGAGAUCUUCAGGAUUUGUCCAAUCGAGUUACAGUCAAACCAGAGGAGACCAACAGAAGAGUGAAAAAUGUUUUGAUUACAUUAUACUGGCUUGGGAGGAAAGCUCAAAGUGACCCUGAUUAUAAUGGUCCAUACCUCAAUCUUAAAGCAUUUGAGAAGUUAUUAGGGCAAGCAUUGAGUAAGGCACUCGAAGAGUCCAGCCAGCCAAGCAGAAGUGGCAGAGAUAGUGGGUACGGCGAUAUUUGGUACGUUGACCGUGGAGAGCCUUUCCCAUCUUCAGUUACUCAUAAAAGAGACGAUUCCUUUGAUAGCUUGGACUCUCUUGGUUCAAGGUCCUGCACGAGCUUUUCAUCAGAUAUAACCUUGAAAGGUGGCAGUGAAGGUUGCGACAGUGACAUAGACUCAGAACUGCCUUCCAAAAUGCAUGACUCCCAUAAAGAUGACAGGUUUUACCGCAGGAUUUCGGUGAUUGAGCCAAAAACUACCACUGACUUCAACCGUUUCUUACCCAACAAAAACAAGCAGACAGCAUAUGUGCCAGCACCUUUAAGGAAGAAGAGGACAGAGAAGAAUGAGGACAACAGGAGGAGCUGGGCAAGUCCUGUUUUCACCGAGUCAGAUGGAGCAUUUUCAAGUGGACGUGAAACGAAUCCUGUAGCUUCCUGCCAAAAUAGCAGAGCAGAGUGUGGGCUCAGAAAUCCAGCUUCCCUCCAGAUCAUCUAUGAGUAUGACAGUGGCUCUGAUUCAGAAGAUGAAAGAAGGCUGCCCGACGUUGUUUUGGAUGACUUAGCAAAUCGUAGAUUUCUAGUCAAAAAGAGCCCUGUAAGCUCUGCUGCACCUGGACAUCAUUUCAUGUUGCACAAUGACUCUCCUAAAUCUUGCUCGCGAGAAAGUUGUCCAGCUGGUCCACUAGCUGCAAUGCUUGAACCACUGAGUAACCAGAGGAGGCAGAGGCAAUUGGAUACUAAAGGCGAAAACAAACCAAGAGUUAACAGUCCUUCACAAUUAUCUGGGUAUUGUGAUGAGGACGAGGAAGAAGUAGGCAUUCCAAACAUUGAAAAAGAUGAUCUCUAUUUUCGCAAGCUAAGUUCUUCAGCGCCAAAUACAGUUGUUGCUUUUGACAAAUUUCUUCCUAAGUUUUGGACUCCAGAGGAAGAAUUGCUAUGGAAAAAAAUCAAGAAAUCCUCUUUCAAACCCUGGUAUAAAGAGAUUCAAGGGUUCAGUAGAAAGAGAUCAGAUUCUGAGGAUGAGGAAUUUGCUUACAAACAAAGCUAUACUAUUGUUGCUAAUCAACCAAGACCAAGUUUUGACUGGAACAGUAGCUGCAGAAGGGAUCAGAAUUAUAAGCCAACUGCUGAAUAUGUGGGAAGCUCAUUGUCACAGAUUGCAGAAGGAAAAAUCUUGGAGUCUCCUGAUCAGCCCAGUCAGUUUUCGUUACUUCAGGCCCUGCAAAAAUACACUGACUACGUGUCUUCUGAAAUGGAGACCAGAAUUGAUCCCACUUCUGGCCCUAGGCUCAUAAAAUGUAGAAAGAAUGUUUCCUUUAUACCAGGAGGCAAGCAAGGAGAUGAGGAGAAUGGAUAUCUAUAUCCAGAUUUGGAAAAUGAUGACUUGUUUGUUCGGAAAACUGGGGCUUUCCAUGUGAAUCAAGUUGUUCUUCAAGACCCCCGGUAUUUAAAGAAAUUCUCUGAGCAGGAGCCUCCUCUAGAGGGUGAGAUAAUUCUGCAACCCAGAGAGGGCCAAACCGUGCUUCCAGAUUUGGAAAAGGAUGACAUGAUUUUUCGUAAAGUCCUCUCUCAAAAAAAAGAGGUGCCUUUAUCAGGUGCUCCCGACAAGUAUCACCCAGCACUGUUUCCUGAUCCAUGGAGUCUUCCAGAAGAGAUACGGUCCAAAUUUCUAUGUUUACUUGAAAAAAAUGCGAUACCAGAGGAAAGGAAGAGCAAUGGCAGAGUGCUGUCACCAUCUUUACACCAUAAGAAGGACGAUAUGCUGACCCGCAAGAUUGAAUCUUGGAAAGUGGGAAGCAACGUCCAGCCAGUAAAUUUUAUCCCAGGUCCAUGCAGUGAAGAAGACUGGAAGAAGUGGGAAGCAAUCAGGGAGGCCAGCAAAGUUAGACACAAGAAACGGCAGAUGGUGGAGAGACUGUUUCAAAAGCUUUCUGAUGAGCAAGGGAGUAAAUCUUUGAAUGAUGUCAGUGCAGAGGAGCUGCAGACACUGCGCAAAAUCCGUUAUGAAGAGCUGCAGAAGAUAAAAGAACAGUUACAAGAGCAAGAUCUAAAGUGGCAAGAAGAUCUAGCAAAAUGGAAGAGUCGUAGAAAGAGUUACACUUCAGAAUUGCAAAAGAAAAAGGAAGAGAGAGAAGAAAUUGAAAGGAGAGCCUCUGAGGUGUCUGGAAGGAGUACCAAGUCACUGAAGGAAAUGCAGCAGGAGAGGGAGGACAGAGAUCAGGAGUCCUAUGAGCAGCAGAAACAGGAGCACAACUGGGCGUCCUCACUGAACGAUGAUGUGUUCAGUGAAGACAAAGCACCUUCCACAGCAGCAGAAGAUUGGUCAGCAGCCAAAGAUCACCGUUUGGAAGAAGAUGCUUCCCACAGCACUAAGGACAGUAAAAGUGUGUACACCACCCAGCCUCCCAAGGAGAACCUGCCGGAGAGCUCGGCUGCUCGAGAAGCUCCUGCUCCUCCAGAGAGCCUGGAGCGGGAGCAGAGCCCGGCGCUUUUGUCCACUCGUUACUCAGUGAAUGCUCAAACUGGGUCAGCUCAGGUUUCAGCUUCUCUCCCGAGAACUUACCAGAAAACCGAUACCUCCAGGUUAACAUCUGUGGUUACACCAAGACCUUUUGGUGUCCACUCAAGAGGAAUCUCGUCACUUCCACGGUCGUUCACGAUGGAUGAUGCUCAGAAAUACAAUGGAGAAAUAGAAAAAGCUAAAAGAACUCAAACUUUGUUCACCAGCUUUUCACAACCAGACUCUGCACACCCUCUCUCCACUGGUGCAUUCAGAAGCAGAGGUGAGGAGGAAGAGGAGGAAAAAGGUGUUCAGUCAACACCUCCUCCCAGUUUGGCAUUACCUUUAAAGUCCCAAGACCAAGAUGCUGGAAGUAGUAUUCCUAAGCCAGAAUAUGGCAUUCCUCCUGAUUCUCUUUCACUUGCAUCUUCUGCAGAAACUGCGACUCUGACAGAGCCUAAGGAUUCAAAAUCCAUGGAACAGUACAGUGAAAUGAGAAUCAGUAUAAACCAGAGACCUGGCCACAGUCGCAGCUUUGGGUUUACAACAAAUUGGAGUUCUUCAGGAGCCAUUGUACAGACAGUUGAAGAAGGCAGCCCUGCAGCACUUUGUCAGCUGCAUGUAGAUGAUGAGAUCAUUGCUGUCAAUGGCACAAAGGUUUCCCAUAUGGACCACAGUCAGUGGGAAGAAGCCAUCAACAGAGCACUAGAAACUGGAAACCUGGUCAUGGAUGUCAGACGAUAUGGAAAGAAUGGUACAUCUGAAAAUAAAUGGAUUGAUGCAACUUCGGGAGAAAAAGUUUCAAAUGCUUCCACCAUAUCCACAAAAAGAGAUUUCUCCAGCAGCCUUCAAAGUUCUGAUACAGAAACAAAAUUGAUAAAUGGAAUGCAAGGAGAUCUUGGCUCUAAUGAACAAAGAGCAUCUGAACCUAUUUCUUUGAAAAACUUAAAAAGGCGGUCACAAUUUUUUGAACAAGGAGGUCCAGAGCCUGCAAUGCCUGAUCUCCCAGUCCCCUCCAUCAGCGCUCCUAGCCGUCGGGUUUGGGAUCAAGAGGAAGAGCGAAAACGACAGGAAAAAUGGCAAAAAGAGCAGGACCGUUUGCUGCAGGAGAAAUACCAACGAGAACAAGAGAAACUGAGGGAAGAAUGGCUACGAGCUAAGCAAGAAGCAGAAAAAGAGAGCUCCAAGUAUUUUGAUGAGGAGCAGACUGUUCUAACCCUAAAUACAACAUCUAUCACUUCUCAGGCUCCACCUGUGUCCAGCUGGACAGCAAGCCCGGAAGCAAAUGCUCCUAAGGAGCCAGAACGAGAUGGAGAAAACGAGCUGGCAGCGAGCUCGCUGCGUGAGGAAGAAGGAAGGAGGAGGCUUCAGGAGGAACGGAGGAUCCAGGAAGAAGCAACCAGACAUUUUGAGCAAGAGCAGGAACUCGAAGAGCUGGAGCUGGAGAGACAGCGUAAAGAGAGGGAGCAGCAGCAGGCUGAGGAGCAGAGGCGGCAGGCGGAGCUGGAGGAGCAGAGGCGGCAGGCGGAAAAGCAGAGGGAGGCAUCAGUGGAGGUGCCUCAGUACCAAAGACAUUACGAGCGCUAUGAAGUAUCUAAAACGAUAGAGGAUCGAGCUGGCCAUCCUGUCAUUGACAGACAUUAUGAGCGUUAUGAAGUUUCUAAAACCGUUGAGGCGCAGCCUGGCCAGUCGUUUGCUGACAGGAAUAAGUCAAAGUCAACUACAGAACUGAAUGAAGUCAACACAAUCAGAAAUGGUACCCAGAGCAAGUAUUCAGAGAGGUCCUGGAACACGGGUGAGUCGCAGAAGAAGCCUCAGAAGGAGCAAAACCUGUCUGCAGCAGAGCUGGAGAGACAGCAAAUCCUUCAGGAAAUGAGAAAGAAAACAUCUCUACACACGGACAGCAGCUGGAUUAGGCAGCGCAGUGCCAGUAUACAUAAGGAGCCCAUUAGUCUGUACAGCAGUAGUAUGAGGAGAGGGGAGUCUUUGGACAAUCUUGAUUCUUCAGGAAUGAGGUCAUGGAGGCACCACUCACGGCUGAACCAGUCUGCAUCCUCUUUAUCUCUAUCUUCUAGUCAAGAUUCUAGUCGCCCGGUGUCCACCUCAAACCGAGCCUACAUGUGCAGCCCUUCCUCCAGCAAAGCACCUCCUGUGGCCACCUCUGCAAGAGCCCCCUCCACGUCCCAAACAGCUCCCAGGGCUCAGUCUCCCCUCUCUGCUUCCCAGUCAGGGUCCCAGACACGCAGCAGGUCAGUCAGUGGGAAGAAAAUCUGUUCAUACUGUAAUAACAUUCUGGGCAAAGGAGCAGCCAUGAUCAUUGAGUCUCUUGGUCUUUGUUAUCAUUUACAUUGCUUUAAGUGUGUUGCCUGUGGAUGCGACCUUGGUGGAUCCCGCUCUGGAGCUGAAGUCAGGAUCCGAAACAACAAACUCUUCUGCAACGACUGCUAUAUCAGAUUUAAAACUGGACAACCAACCUGCAUGUGAAGCAAAUGAAGAUAUGAAACCACUGUUGCAGAUACAAGAAGAGGUGAUUGCUGCUGAUGUAGAUCUAUAAAUAUAUAUAUUGUGUGUAUGUGUGGUUUUUUUCUAAGAGUAACUCUUGCUUGUCUAGUCUUCAUAGCAAUACCUUGUAUUCUUCAUGUAACUAUUUUUAUUUAUAAGAAAGUAAUUGCAGUAAGGAAAUAGCUGGGAAAAAUGCUUUCACAUUUUCAGCUUCAAGUACCGAGAGCACAAGAGAGAAUAAGUAUAUUUUCAGUAAUAACUUACAAAUAUUUUUGAGGCUUAUAAUCAACUAGUUGACUUUCCAAUGGUAUAUGAAGAGGGUAUUUUGUUUCUAAGCUCUUGAAAUGAGCAUUAGAGAAAUAGCUAAUAUAAAUAUAUAUUUGCAAUUGCUGUCUUUAUUUUUGACAUAUACUGAAAGUGAAUUCUCUAGGUUAAUAUGGAGCUGCAUUUAAAUGCACACAAAUGUGUUUGCUUUCCAUAUGCUGGUUUCUAAAAUUAUGUGCUUUUUUGAAACCUAAAUACAAAGAAUAAUCUCAGAAUUUGCUCAGUGGUGUUGGCAUAAUAUUCUGUGGAAUCCAUUUAAGAGAGAGAGUUUUCUUUUCCUGUUUGGAAAUGUAACUAUCACUCUUUCUUCUGCAAACUGAGUGGAGAAUGGUUGUUGAAUUACCAUAUAUUUGUAAAUAAAAAAUCGGAUGUUGCAUUUA